CUUGAAGCAACACACUGCAUUGGUUGCUUCUGUAAGUUCCAGCAUCUUAAACAUUUUGAAGUGCCUUGCCUUGUCGUCCAAGACUGCGAGUUCGAGGCCCGUCCCCGUCCCCGUCCCCGUCCCCGUCCCCGUCCGUCCAAUUUCUCGCUCGGGCCAAGGCGAAUACCAGAACCUUCAUACCGAAGAGACCAAAACCAGAGAAGAGAGAUGGCUCGAUACGAUCGUGCGAUCACAGUGUUCUCUCCUGAUGGCCAUCUUUUCCAAGUCGAAUACGCGCUUGAGGCCGUGCGAAAGGGUAACGCUGCCGUCGGUGUUCGAGGCACUGACACUAUCGUCCUCGGCGUCGAGAAAAAAUCCACCGCUAAGCUUCAAGACUCAAGAACGGUUAGGAAGAUUGUAAACCUGGAUGAUCACAUUGCACUGGCUUGUGCUGGAUUAAAGGCUGAUGCAAGGGUACUCAUUAAUAGGGCACGGAUUGAAUGCCAGAGUCACAGGCUUACAGUUGAGGAUCCUGUUACGGUUGAAUAUAUCACACGUUACAUUGCCGGUCUUCAACAAAAGUAUACACAAAGUGGUGGUGUGAGACCAUUUGGUCUUUCAACACUUAUUGUGGGUUUUGAUCCAUACACCGGUGUUCCAUCACUUUAUCAGACUGAUCCAUCAGGGACGUUUUCAGCUUGGAAAGCUAAUGCAACUGGGAGAAAUUCAAAUUCUAUGAGAGAAUUUUUGGAGAAAAAUUACAAAGAAACUUCUGGGCAAGAGACAGUCAAGCUGGCGAUUCGUGCAUUACUUGAAGUUGUUGAAAGUGGAGGAAAGAACAUAGAAGUUGCUGUGAUGACAAGAGAGCAUGGGUUGCGGCAACUGGAAGAAGCUGAAAUUGAUGCCAUCGUUGCUGAAAUAGAAGCAGAGAAAGCGGAAGCAGAGAAAGCAAAGAAGGCUCCCCCCAAAGAAACAUAAGUCUUGCUUAGUUUCUACUUUUCACCUUGUGAUUUUGCAUAGAAUUCUGUACUAAGAGGUGGCAUUUUCUUAUUUUGAAUUCAUUUACUCCCUUGAAUCUAAAGAUUUAAUUACAUCUUCAGUCAGGAUCUGGGUUCAGUGAAAGAUUUUGGAAUGGUAAUUCACCUAUUAUCAUAAUGUAUAAUUUGAAUUUUUUGGUCAUAUCUGUAAUUUCACAUGUGACUUGGCUGCAUAUACUUUGCAAAGGAAAGAGGGAUUCAUCCCUAUUUUCUGGAAUA